AUGAUGAAAGUGUCCGGGUUGUUGGUGCUCUUCUGCGGAGUCGUGGUGCAUGCGCAGGAGGAAUUUCCGUUGCGGAUCUGCGAAGAAAAUCUGACACGGAAUCCGUGUUGGAACCUCCGUCAUAUCGCCGUCGUUCAUCGACACACAGCCAGGGCGCCUCAGAAGUUCCCGGAGAACGAUCCCUAUCUACGACCGGCGCUCUACCCGAGGGGCGCGGGCAAGUCGACUCUGUUGGGCCUGCAACAGGCACAUGUGGUUGGCAGGAUGUGGAAGUCGUGGUGGAGACCGCGAUUCCUCUCAGGCAAUCCGAACGAAGUUUACGCGAGAACUUCAGCUCUCGAUCGAUGCUUCGAAACCACCCAAGCUCUCCUGUUCGAAAUUUUCUCCCCGGGACCAUGCCAUGAAAACCACCAGUUCUGCUUACCCUUCGACCCGGUGCCCAUAGUGAAGCCACCGAUGGGCUUCGACAAGAACAUUAAUUUCUGCCACAGCAAUACAUCGUCCCAACUUGCGAAUAUGACCCAGAUAAUGACGACGCCGAUCCCGAUGAACUUGGGGAAUCAAUUCAGAACCCUCGAGGAUUUCAUUGCUUACGCCAAGAAGCAGAGUGGUCUCCAUCACAUGAACAAUGUCGACUUCUUUUCCGCUGUCAUCGAUGCUUACAUCUCGAACCAUUGGGAAGGUUACCCACUGCCUCCAUGGGUUCGCGAGGUGUGGCCCAUCUGGCAUUGGGCGGCCGACAAGCUCUAUAAUACCCUCCAUCAAUCUACGAAAAUGUCGGCUGGCCACGGCGUUGUCCAAGACGUCGCGAAGAGUCUAAGAAGCGCGACGGCAGCACCCGCCGACGGAGUGAUGAAGAAACUAUCCCUCUUCGGUUACCAUGAUGUCACCGUGAGCUCCAUAUGGACCGCGAUGGCGCCAGAACUCGAGGAAUUGGUGCCCAGACCAGAUUUCCUAGCCGCGAUUUUCUUCGAGUUGUAUGAGGAUGGUCAGCGUGGCGAGUACGUCCUGAGGAUUCGGAUCUCACAAGGUCUGACCCCGGACGGCCGUUAUUCUCCGCUGAAAGUUAUCCGAGCGAUGAAUUGUAAGAGUGACUUCUGUCCAAUGGAAGAAGUGCUCGAACCCUUGGAGCGAUAUUUCGCCGUCGACGAUUGCCCGAAGCGAAGUCUCGUCUGA